AUGAAAAAGAGUGAGAACAACCACAAACCAGGGCUUUAAUAAGUGCCUAUUAAUGAAUAUCAUCUGCCAGAUGUUAGAUAGAACUAUAACUUCAAGAAAUCUUUCUUCGGAAGAUUUACCAAAGAUAAAAAGGAGAGAUUAAACUCAUUAGUUAAGAUGUAUUAGCAAUCAUAACAAGCUGAAAUUACGAAAAAUAAUGGAGGAAAUAAUCACAUGAGUUCCAGUAUCCGAUCUAAGGAAUAACAUAAGGAAAAUAUUAUGAAGACUCCAGUCUAAAGUAAUAAGGGUGGAAUAGAUUCGGUAAAGAAGCAUUAAAUCUAAGUGAAUGAGUAUUCAUCAUCUCAUAAAGAGAGAUGGAAUCACCACAUUAAUAGUAAUCACCAUCAUUCCUCAUAAACCAAAAGCGAUCAUAUAGAGUACAAAAAAUACCUACAGAAUAUUUCGAUUCAAAAUAUAAUGAACCAGGGCUCCCCUUAGAAAAUACCAAUAAAUAAACAACAAAAGUCAGAUCGUGGAUCUUUACUAAAGCCUAAUCAGAAUUACUAUAAGAUGUCCCAGCAAUAUAAUGAUGGGUUUUCAAAUGCUACUGGUAGCACUGGUAGAAACAAUAUAGUCGACAUUGAUUUUCAGCAUAGGGACUAUUCACAGGUAACAGAAUUCUCUUACAGCUAAAAGCAGUUAUUGAAUGAAUCUAGUGCGCAAAAAGAAAAUCUGCCUUCUUCAAGAUCUUACACAAGACUUCCAAUUUUAUACAAAGAAAAUUUCAAUCAAUCAAUAAAGCUUAAAAAUACUUAAAACGAAAAACCAGCAAGUAAUUACAAUGAUAUGGAAAAUGUAAAAAAAGCUAACGGUUUGAACUCUUCAGAUUUUAAUUUUACUUUCAACCCUAAGCCUCUGAGCGUUUACAAACAAGCUUAGCUUAGAGAGGUACUAAAGGACAAAACUUAGCAGAUAUUAAACUAAGUGCAGGGAAAAAGGGAUUCAGUGCCUUCAAAUAUGAUAAGUGGUGGGGGUGUAAUUGAAGUAACUAAUAUAAAUACUCUAUCUCAAAAAAGAAAGCAGGUUAAGAAAUCAGAGUUGAUUCAAAUCGCUAAGUAAGUCAUGAAUAGACCUUUUCUUGACCCAAAGCUAGAAGUAAAUUAGAUAAAAAAGAAAUCCACUCAACUAGAGCUGAUCUCAAAUCUGAAUAAGGAAAACCAUCAUCACUCUUUUGUAAAUGAAUCCAGUGAUAAGAGUGAAUACUACAAUCAGUCUUCGUUAAACGCUCUAGAAUCAGUAAGGAAUAAACUACAGUCGGAAUUAAGUUCCCCUAUUAAGUAUAGGAGAAGAGGCAUUAAGAGCUCUCCUAAGUUGCCUUAAGCCUUUAGAGAUAAAGUCCAAGCAUAAAAUUAAUAUCAUUAAACUAACCCCUACAGCUACAUGGACGAAAAGUCGUUUGACUCCAACCUUAAUAUUGCUGACUAGUCCAUAGCUAUGAAUUACAGAUCAUCAAACUUAACACCUGAUGAUAACACAGAUGACCCCGAGCUAUUACUGCAUUAAAAUCUGAUUUAAAAUCUCAAUGAUAUGCUUGAGGUCAAGCUUUUCCAAACUCCUUCUUAAGAUAAAAUUCAAUUUUCCUCUGGACUAUAACUGAGAGCAAAUAGAAAUUAGUAUUCUUUGACUAAAGGAAUGAGCAAUGGCACUAAUUCCUACUAAUAGUCUUAUGGUAGAAAGCGUGAAAGUGAUAUCAUGGUUCAAGACUCCUAAGUCAAGGACACUGGUAGUGAAAAGGCAACUAAUCACAGCCGACCAAGGUUAAAGUAUAAUUAAAAUCCUGAUAACAAUAUUGAGGAGACAGUGAAUGUGAUAGUCUCACAGUCUAAAGAAUACAGUCUAGUUUGA